GCUUUGGCAGACGUGGCACCGGGAACUCGGAGGCGGGGAGCGGCUGGGAAGUGGCCGUGGUGGUUGGCCGCGGCGGAGCUAGCGGGCGCGGGAGCCAGAGUGGAGACCGGAGCCCCCCGUGGGCAGCGGCGGCGGGGAUGGCACGGGCCGGGCCGGCGUGGGGGCUGCUGCUGGCGAUCUGGGUGAUCCUGCCAACUUGGCUGUCCUCCACUAAGGUUUCCUCCCUCAUCGAGAGAAUCUCUGACCCCAAGGACUUGAAAAAACUUCUCAGGACCCGGAAUAAUGUGUUGGUUCUUUACUCCAAAUCUGAAGCAGCAGCUGAAAAUCAUCUCAGGUUAUUAUCCACUGUGGCCCAGGCAGUGAAAGGACAAGGCACCAUCUGCUGGGUGGACUGCGGUGACGCAGAGAGUAGAAAAUUGUGCAAGAAGAUGAAAGUUGACCUCAGCCCAAAGGACAAAAAGGUUGAAUUAUUCCAUUACCAGGAUGGUGCAUUUCAUACUGAAUAUAACCGAGCUAUGACAUUCAAGUCUAUAGUGGCCUUUCUGAAAGAUCCUAAAGGUCCCCCACUGUGGGAGGAAGAUCCUGGAGCCAAAGAUGUUGUCCACAUUGAUAGUGAAAAGGACUUCAGACGACUCCUGAAGAAGGAAGAGAAGCCGCUCCUCAUGAUGUUUUAUGCCCCUUGGUGCAGCAUGUGCAAGAGGAUAAUGCCUCAUUUCCAGAAGGCCGCAACCCAGCUGCGAGGCCACUUCGUUUUGGCCGGGAUGAAUGUCUACCCUUCUGAAUUUGAAAACAUCAAGGAGGAGUACAACGUGCAUGGCUAUCCUACCAUCUGCUAUUUUGAGAAAGGGCGUUUUCUGUUCCAGUAUGACAACUAUGGGUCCACAGCUGAGGACAUUGUGGAAUGGCUAAAGAAUCCGCAGCCGCCACAGCCCCAGGUCCCCGAGACUCCCUGGGCAGAUGAGGGCGGCUCCGUUUAUCACCUGACCGAUGAAGACUUUGACCAGUUUGUGAAGGAGCACUCCUCUGUUCUCGUCAUGUUCCACGCCCCAUGGUGUGGACACUGUAAAAAAAUGAAGCCAGAAUUUGAGAGUGCUGCAGAAGUCCUCCAUGGAGAAGUGGACAGCUCUGGUGUCCUUGCAGCUGUCGAUGCCACUGUCAACAAGGCCCUGGCAGAAAGAUUCCACAUCUCAGAAUUUCCUACUCUGAAGUAUUUUAAGAAUGGAGAGAAAUAUGCAGUACCUGUGCUCAGAACAAAGAAGAAAUUUAUUGAGUGGAUGCAGAACCCCGAGGCCCCCCCGCCCCCAGAGCCCACGUGGGAAGAGCAGCAGACAAGUGUACUACAUCUGGUGGGUGACAACUUCCGGGACAUCCUGAAGAAGAAGAAACACACCUUGGUCAUGUUCUAUGCCCCUUGGUGCCCACACUGUAAGAAGGUCAUCCCACACUUUACUGCUGCUGCUGACACCUUCAAAGAUGACCGAAAGAUUGCCUGUGCUGCUGUGGACUGUGUCAGGGACAAGAACCAGGACCUAUGUCAGCAGGAGGCUGUGAAGGCCUACCCCACUUUCCACUACUACCACUAUGGGAAGUUUGCAGAAAAGUAUGACAGUGAUCGGACGGAAUUGGGAUUUACCAGUUUUAUUCGAACCCUUCGGGAGGGAGACCUUGAGAGACUAGGGAAAAGGAAGGAGGAGUUGUAAUUUCUGCCUCAGAGAAAGCUUUUCCAUUACACUGUGAAUGAUAACCUGUUUUGUUGUUCUUUCUGAAUUUCCACAUAUUCUGAAGACAAAGUUUUUUAUAGCCACUUAUGGCCUUUUGUACAAUUUUGAAAUAAAGUUAAACUGUUU